AAUUCUGACUUACGGGAACUGGACGGGAACUGGAUGUGAAGAACUUCUGCUCUCCCACCGGCUCUGCUCUCGGGACAUUUGGAAGGCAGAGCCCGACACUGGCCCCAGACCCACACUUCCCUCUUCAAUCAGUGGGCUGAUUUGCAUGCUCUGUUGUGGUCCAGAGGCUUCCCCGUCCCUGUAACCACAAGCACCCAGAGCACAGCCCAGCAGAACAACUCUAGGUCAGCCUUCUGCCUCUGGCCAUGGCCUGCCCUGGUUGCCUGCCUCUCCUCCUGACUGGAGCCUUCUUGGCAGUCUUCCGGCCAACCCUGACCCAUCCUGACGCACUGCUGGUCUUCCCGGGCCAAGUGGCUCAACUCGGCUGCACAAUCAAUUCCCAGCAUGCCACCAUUGGGGACUUUGGUGUGUCCUGGUAUCAGCAGCGCCCAGGUAGCGCUCCCCAUCUUCUCUACUAUUGCUCAGAAGAGGAGCACUAUCGGCCUGAUGACAUUCCGGACAGGUUCUCAGCUGCCACGGACGUGGCCCACAAUGUCUGUGUGCUCACCAUCAGCCCUGUGCAGCCAGAGGACGAUGCGGACUACUUUUGUUCCAUUGCCUAUAACUUCGAUCCUUAGGGCUGGGGUAUGGGGUGAACGUCGUCUGUUUGUCCCCUACUUCUGCCCCUGCCCUCCGACCUCUCAUUUUCCUCUAAGUCUGGCUUCCCUUCCUCUGCAAUAUGAGUUAAGAACAUUCAACACGCCAACCACAGUCACGAUGACCACGAGAUCCUGGGAGAAAAAAAGGGACAAAUUAGAGGACAUGGGAGGCGAGGUUCUGGUGAUUGCUGUCAAAAGAGGAAACACCUGUGACCCUUAGGGAACAGGCCCAGCCUUGUCCUGAUCCCCAGGGGUUUUAGCUUGGUGCCUGACCUCCCAGUGAUCUCAUGAACUGAAGGCAGAGAAAAAGGAACUAACCUUUACCACGUGUCCCCCCUCACCCCCUCAUUCCCCACCCCGCCACCAGCUCUGCCUGGCUGAUUGUGGUCCAACGCUCUCUUGUUCUUGGGUCCCCAUGGAGUUCAUACUGACGGCUUGGGGGAGGGGCAGCCCCUGCUUCUCCCCCUGAAGUCUCUGGACAAGUCUCCCCUGAUCCUUGAUGGUCAGCCGCAGGUGUUCUCUGAAGGGCCCUGAGGGCCAGGUUCUGAAAGCAGGUAACAGAUCCUGUAGCAUCCCUCCCCCUCAGAGACAGUGUGUUCUACUCCUUUCCCACAGAUGGGUAACCACACCUGAGUAGUCAUGGGCAAAGGGGUGGUACAAAUUAACUGCAGGGCAAAUCUUGUUGUUAGAAGCCGAACUGGGUAGGACUAGAGCCUUCAAAAAGAUUUCUGGGUCAGUGUGGUGGCACGUGGCUUUCAUUCCAAUACUCGUGUGGGUUUCUGUGACUUUAAGGCCAGCCUGGUCUACAUAGGGAGUUCCAGACAGCCAAGGGUAGAUCUGUGGUUAGACCUUGUCUUAAACCAAAAUAAAAUUCCUGGGCUGGAGGACAUAUCCAACCAAUUUCUUUCCUGUUCCUGGGGUCUUAAGAAGUGCCCCCGGCCCCCUCCCCCCACUUCCCAAAGGUAUGGGGUUAUGGCGCACACCUUUAAUCCUGGCACUGGGGAGGCAGUAGCAGUGGCAGGCGGAUCUUUGGGAGUUCGAGGCCAGCCUGGUCUACAGAGAGUUCCAGGACAGUCAGGGCUACACAGAGAAACCCUGUCUGGAAAAACAAAGAAGUGCCUCAUUUUUGGAGGUGAGCACCUAGAUGCAGCCCUUGGGGGAUCCCGAGUUCUAGGAGGGUCCAGUUUACAGUCUUGACUAUCUUUGGGCUCUCCAACCUUUAAUCUCCCUUCAUCUCAUUGCAGUUUUACGUGGGCAGCGUGCGCGCCCGCGCGGUGGGUGGGGGGACGACGGGACAAGGCAAGGGUUACCCUUGAAACGAAGAGCUUGAUCCUAGCCUCAGGGAAGGUACAGCAGUUAUCUGAGGCUCUAGACUCGCCUCUCCCAAACUCACUGUUUUCUUGUGCACUCUGUGCAGCACCGGCUCCAUUCACUCUACUCUCCCCACCGCCAGGACGCGGGGACACCCUGCCAACCAGCAGCCUGGCUCAGCAGGAGCACAGAUGCUGAGACCUCCGUGACGCCCAGAGUGGUCCCGGAAG